AUGAGAGACCUUCCCUGGCCGGUGCAUCGACCGCAUCGCGCGACUUUCAACACUGCUUCCUCUCGCUCUUGCUUGCACGCGACACCCCAUCACCCGUCAAAGGACAUUGCCCACCAUCAAAUGGAGGGGGACCCGCUACUCCCCAAGAUGCCUAGCAUUCGCGCACUCUCCGGCGCUCACCGCUACAUCGUCGGAGUCGGCCUGCUCUUGACCGUCGUUCUCCUCUGGACCGCGUCCAACUUUAUCACUGCCGACCUCGAGACGGGCGACGAUGGGUGGAACAAGCCGUUCUUGAUAACUUAUCUGAACACUUCGAGCUUUGCCUUUUACCUCCUCCCAGGCCUGUACCGGUACUGGAAGAAGGGAACGUUUGCACGCGACCACCCUCAUGACAUCUCCUCGCCAGAAUACGAGCCUCUGGCAAUGGACGACGACGAGCCCCCUGCCCGAUCGUCAUUCAGCCUCAACCGCUCAGUGUCGCCAUGCUCGCCACGCGCUCCCCUUCCCCCAGUCGAGGACGUGCAGCCCGAUGACCCGCAGGGCCUCCCAAAGCUCACUGUCCGUGAGACGGCCGAGGUUGCCGCGUGGUGGAGCGCCGUGUGGUUCCUCGCCAACUGGAGUCUGAACACUGCGCUGGCUUGGGCAAGUGUCGCGAGCGUCACCAUCCUGAGUAGCACGACUAGCUUCUUCACUCUUACACUUGGAAGGAUAUGCGGCGUCGAGGACGUGACGCGCGGCAAGGUGUUCUCUGCGCUUGCUAGCUUUAUCGGUGUCGUCCUUGUGACACGUUCCGACAUGUCAAUCCAGCCCUCCGAGGCCACCAUCCAGCCCUUGAACCCCAUCUGGGGCGACCUGCUGUCUCUUCUCUCGGCCGCCUUCUACUCGGUCUAUGUCAUCCUCCUCAAGGUGCGACUGGGCGACGAGUCGCGCGCCGACACGCAGUUGAUGCUCGGCUUUGCCGGCCUGUUCAACAUUGUCUGCCUCAUCCCCGUCUUCCCCCUCCUCCACUACAUGGGCUGGGAGACGUUCGAGUUGCCCCCCACACGACAGGCAUGGACCAUCUGCAUCGUCAACAUGUUCAUCACCCUUUCAUCUGAUUAUCUCUACGUGCUGGCCAUGCUCAAGACCACCCCAAUGCUGGUAACGAUUGGUCUCUCCCUCACCAUCCCCUUUGCGCUCCUCGGCUCACUCCUCAUCCCCUCGGCGAGCACGGACAGCAUCACCUUCAUGUCCCUCACCGGCGCCGCGCUCGUGGUGGCAUCAUUCCUUGUGCUCGGCUGGCAAGGGUGGACAGAGAGCAACAACGAGCACCAGCACCAGGUGGCUCGUCAGGGCGACAGUUCCGUGCUCCACCACCGCCACCACGACGACGACGCUUGA